UGUAGUUUAUCUCGGGUUAAAACUAAAAUUUGGUUGUAUUCAUAGAUUGCCUGUCAGAAGGCCUGGGGAACCGUUAUACGCUACUUUAUGUAGAUAUGAACUGGGACUAAUAAUAUAAAACACCGGUAUCUGUUAUGUUAGUCUCAGAUACAAGAGUAAAUCAGGUGGUCUGCGUACAUCCUUCAUUGUACCACCAGGUGGCGCUGUACCAACACUCCAUGCUUUCCUCCUUCCCUGAUAACCUGGCAAGAAGGAUGGCGGACUAUCACCGACCCGAUCAGAAAAAGGUUCAAAAUUUACGCGAUAUAGCCAACAAAUUGCGGGUGCAUAGCAUCAAUUCUACGAAUGCAAGUAAUUCUGGACAUCCAACAUCAUGCUGCUCAGCAGCAGAGAUCAUGUCUGUGCUCUUCUUCCAAACCAUGAAGUAUACGGUCCAGGAGCCCAGAUCUCCAUACAACGAUCGAUUCAUCUUGUCAAAGGGUCACGCAGCUCCCAUACUGUAUGCCGCUUGGGCGGAGGCAGGGUUAUUCCCAGCAUCUGAACUCCUGAAUUUGCGCAAGAUUGACAAUGACCUUGAAGGACACCCUACUCCAAGGCUGAACUUUGUUGAUGUGGCCACAGGAUCUCUUGGACAGGGAUUGAGUGUUGCAGCUGGUAUGGCUUACACAGGAAAGCAUUUUGACAAAGCCAGCUAUCGGGUCUACUGCUUGAUCGGGGAUGGUGAAAGUGCCGAAGGGUCUAUCUGGGAGGCCCUUGCAUUCUCAAGUUUCUACAAACUGGACAAUCUGGUUGCCAUAUUUGAUGUAAAUCGCUUGGGGCAGAGUGAUCCGACUAGUCUUCAACAUGAUACGGAAGUCUACAAGAAACGCCUGGAGGCCUUCGGGUGGAAUACGUAUGUUGUGGAUGGACAUGAUGUGGAGACUUUAUGCAAAACAUUCCAUGAUGCUAGCACUGUGAAGGGACUCCCAACUGCUAUCAUUGCCAAGACCUACAAGGGCAAAGGAAUUCCGGGCAUUGAAGACGAAAUGAACUGGCAUGGGAAAGCUUUGGGAGCAAAAGCAGAAGGAGCAUUAGCAGCAAUUAUGGAGAACAUUGUAAACAAAGAGAACCAUGGAAUUACACCCACUCCACCAGCCCAGGAUGCUGUUCCUGCAGACAUAGAUAACAUUCAACUUUCCCAGCCACCUACCUAUGACAUGGGACAAAUGGUGGCCACAAGACAAGCUUAUGGCACAGCCCUAGUCAAGAUUGGCAAAAAUAAUCAGAGAGUUGUGGCCCUUGAUGGGGACGUGAAGAACUCUACAUUUGCUCAAAAAUUCAAGGAUGCUUUCCCGGAACGAUUUAUAGAGUGCUUCAUUGCUGAACAGAACUUGGUUGGCGUGGCUAUUGGAUGUGGCACUAGGAAGAGGACUGUCCCUUUUGUCAGUACAUUUGCGGCCUUCCUAUCCCGUGCCUUCGAUCAGAUUCGCAUGGGGGCUAUUUCCCAAGCCAAUGUGAAAUUCUGUGGUUCACAUGCUGGAGUAUCCAUUGGAGAGGAUGGACCUUCACAGAUGGCGCUGGAGGAUAUUGCCAUGUUUAGGACAAUCCCAGAAUGCACAGUGUUCUACCCUAGUGAUGCGGUGUCCUGUGAGCGAGCUGUGGAACUAAUGGCUAAUACCACAGGAAUAGCAUUUAUGAGAACCAGUCGACCCAAUACCCCUGUCAUCUACAAGGCAAACGAAGUCUUCAAAAUUGGUCAGGCUAAGGUCGUACGUCAGAGCGGAAAGGAUCAAGUCACGAUUAUUGGUGCAGCUGUCACUCUCACUGAGGCCAUGAAAGCAGCUGACAUUUUAGCCGCUCAAGGAAUCAAUGCAAGAGUUAUUGACCCUUUCACAAUUAAGCCAAUAGAUGCCCAGACAAUAAUGACAGCAGCUGGUCAAACUGGAGGGAAGAUUGUGACAGUGGAAGAUCACUACCCAGAAGGGGGAAUUGGGGAGGCUGUAGCUGGAGCUUUGUCUGAGUGCCCCAAUGUCGUCAUCAAACGGUUGGCUGUUCCACGUAUCCCUCGUAGUGGCAAAAGUGCAGAGUUGAUGGAGAUGUUUGGGAUUAGCUCUAAUUGCAUUGUGAAAGCAGUUCAGGAGCUUCUGUCUUAGGUCUUGUUAUAAUCUAUGAGUGGAGCCAAGUCAAAAAAAAAAUAAAAUAAAAACAGUUCACAUGCUGAUAUUCCCAAAAGAAUUUCCAUAAAGUGCUGUCAUCGUAGUUUUGUAUGAAUUUGUACAAAGCUAAAAUUCUGUUCGCUGGUUGCGACUUUUAGUGCUGUUCUCCUAUUUGAUAGAAUAAAAUAAAGAUUUAUUGUACUUUGUUUCACUGAAGAUUUAUCAUUCAAACUGCUCAUCUUGGUACAGGUGAGGUUAGCAGUCAUAUGACACAAGACAGUAGUGAUCACCAAAACAUAACAGUCUCAAGGUGGCAUCAUACUAAAUCACUGUGAAAAACAGUGACAAUGCACCAGACUUUGAUUUACAUUUUGAUUGAUGAUUUUUAGGUAUUUGUGAAAUAUGUACUGAGUAUGUUUUUAGAGCGGAGAUUUAUGUUCCCAGUAUCUCUAUGGCGGUUGAUUUAAGCAUCAUAUUGCAAAGGCCUGUCCUGACUUUAACUACAAAUAUGCAGAGGAAGUGCUUUGAAAUGAUGGAUAUAUUGCUUUUAAUCAUAUUUUAGCUGAACAUUGUGUUUGAUAAGAUCAAGGAAGACCUGACUUAUCAAGAUAGCUGACCAAACUAUUUCAGAUGUUUAUUUUAUGAAAAAAAAAAUGUUGGUGACAAAUGUAAUAGAUAGAUUGGUUGGAGACCCAUCAAGGUAGAUGAACUAUUUCUUAAGAUUUUUAUGUGAAAACGUCGAAUAAAUCAAUUGUCUUAAAUAAUACAUGUAUAUGAUUAACGUCUUUGAUAGUGCUUAUCACUAACUGUUAUCAGAAUUUUUUAUUAUUUUUUUUAGGAGUCAAAGUAGCAUACUUUUAGAUGGCUCUGCUGCUUUUACAUGUAUGGAGAAUGUUUUACUCUUGGCUACGUAGUCCUAAAGUUAAGAUUUUCAAAAAUAUGAAGAAUCUGAAAUAUUGUGCAGCAAGGCAUUUCUUUUAGUAUGGCUUUUGUUUUUAAUAUGGCUUUUGUUUUUGAAGUUCAAGUUAUUCUAAAGAGUUAAUCAAACUUAAAGAGUUAAUCAAACUUAAGUUCAGGUUUGUUCAGUUAAGAUACAGUUCGGGAUGAAUUGCAUUUUGUUUCUGCUCAAUUUGAAAGGUAUUACUCUUCACCUCAAGUGAUAAAACAGGCGUAGUAAUACACAGAUUCAUGGAGCUCUCUUAUUCUGACCACAAUAUUUACAUAAUGAUUGAAAGUUUUACUGUAGUGUACAGUAUAUUACAACCUUUCUAAAAUGUUUAGCUGAUAAAAGUAUCAGAUUAUCGACAGAUCCUGCAACCUAGGUAUUGGCCAAGACUGAAAGCUAGUUUCUUGUUGACAGGUGCGUGUGGGUCUGGGAAUAUAUUAAUCACUCUGUGUUUUGCUUUGUCCGAUUAGUCCGGUGAAAGGGUGGUCUCGAUGAUACAUCAUGUUUUGAUUUACAUUUGUUUUGUUACGUGUGAAUUGGCCAAAAUAAAUCUGUUUCUUGCCAUACA